AUGUUUUGCAGUGGGAAUGAGAAAGAUAAAGCAAUACCUAAAAGGGAUAGCAUUGAUGAGAAUCAGCAAACUAUGAUAAACAUUGUGGCAAAUGUUAUGUCAAUCAUAAGACCCAUCACUGACUAUAAUAACACAUUGAAUGAGAAGGAAGGACUCCGAUUAUGUGAACUAUUAAACGCUUCAAAUGUAUUGAGAGAUAAAUGUAUUAACAAAUUGAUUGAAGAGCAAAGACAUGCAGAGGCGCUCAAAGUUAUAGUCAAUAAUUGGGAACAAAUUACACAUAAUAUCAUCGAAAUGUCAAAACAGUUGACACUUUUCACGGAAGUCUGCAAUGAGGACCAAAUCGCGCUAAUAAAGUACGGGUGCAUUGAAAUGAGUUGUAUCCGACAUGUUAUGGCCUAUGAUACCCCGAACUCGCUUAUGACUAUUACCAUGUUUUAUCCACAAUGGAAUUGUGACCCUGUUAUAAUGGACUUGAUGAUAGCCAUAACACUCUUUAACCCCAACCGUCCAAACCUUAUAUAUAGAGAUGUGGUUAAACUCCAACAACACAUUUAUAUAUAUUUAUUGCAACGCUAUUUACAAUUAGAGUAUCACUCCAUGGAUGAGGCGAAGUCACGACUCAUUAAAUUAUUGAAAAGUCUUCAUGUAUUGAGAACUUUGAAUGAAAUGAUUGCUAAAGAUUUCUACGAAUACGGAAACAUAUUUAUGGGACCACUUUAUAAAGAGAUUUAUGGAUUAUAA